CUUUGCCAAGAAAACGUCAAAAAGAGUCACAAAGAGUCAGAAAGGAAUGACACUGAACAACAAAAAAGCCAGAAACUUUGAAAGACAUCACAACUUUGUUGUUGUAAGAUCAAUCAGUAUACCAGAGCACUUACAGAGUGUGUGCCAUCUGUCUUUUGAGUGAAAGGUAACGUAUAGGAAAAGCGAUUCUACAUGAUGUAGAAUGAAAAACACAUUUGGGAGAUGGACAGUGAGAAUUUAUUUUGCUUGAUCAGAUGAUUUUACUUAUAAUUUUAUUUUUAUUUCUUUUUUGUUUUUCCUUUCUCCCAAUUUUGGGUAGGAAAGCAUAGUAAUUUAAGGGGAAUGGGAAGAGGAUUUCCAUUCCAUAGCCCUCUAAGAAAUUGAUGGAUUUUUCAGGAAUCUAUACAAUGCAGAUCAGAAGGCAAUGAGGACAGCUUUGAAAAUACCACUCUGAAUUUUAAAAUUACUUGUAAACAUGUUAGAACUUGGUGCAGUCUGUUUUCUUUGGUAUAUAGAAAAUGCUCAUUUUAUGUCAUGUAUGAGAAUUUCAAAAUUCAUAUAUGGAAGAUUUUUUUUCCUGUCAUUCUCAUCAAUUUUGAAGGCAGGGAAUGGAAAAAAAAGUUUUGUAUAUUGUUUUCUCCCAUAGUGUUUUGGAUCGUGUUUUCAUGUGUCAUUUUGUGAUUGUCAUUUCUUUCAGAUCCUGAUAUCCUUGUAGCACUUAACUAUUGGCAAUGACUCCAGGUCCACAUUGGAAAGUUUGGUUAUAAAUAACUUUUAUUGGUCAUUUUCCAGACUCAGCUGGUUGCCUGGUCCAUACUGGAUGCUCCAUUGACCCCUUUCUGGUCCCCAUUUUAAAUCAAGGCUGAGUCUGCUGAAACUUAAGUUGACUCAAAGGCCAGCCCCCCGCCCGGACAGCGACGGGACGGACGUGGCCCCCCCGGAUCCUUAUUCCUGCCGGGCUCAGCCUGAAGAGGACCCGGAGCCGGCCCCGGAGGGGAGCUUGAGGGCAUGGCUCCCGGAGCCCGCAGAACCCCCUGGCAGAACGUUGAUGCGGGUUGGACUUGAUAAAUUCUGAAGUCUCUUUCAGCUGUAAAGUUUGAAUUUUGAUGGUUAGGAGUCCCUGACAUUCAAGGAUGUGGCGGUGGACUUCACCCAGGAGGAAUGGAGCCUCUUGGACCAUUCUCAGAAAGAGCUCUACAAGCAAGUCAUGCUGGAAAACUCCCAGAACCUGCUCUUCCUUGGAAUCCCAGUUUUCAGAGAAGAUUUGCUCUCCCGUUCUGAGGACAAGGAUACAUCGUGGAACCUGGAUUCAAAAGGCCCAAGAAAUUCAUGUCUGGAUGCAGAGACCAAAUUUGAAGUGAAUGAGACUGCUUUAAAGCUGAGCAUUUUUGUGAAAAAGUCUCACCAGCGAAGAUUCCUGAGUGACAGUCCCUGUGACUUUAGUUUGAGAGAAAUCUGUGAUUUAGGUAUCAAGAGAAAAAAAAAUCUAAAUAAUCACUGUGAAUUUGAUAAAGACAUAAAAGGUUUCUGGCAACAUUCAGGCUUAAUUCAGUGUAAGAAAAUGACCUCAGGAAAUGAUUGUUUUCAGAGUAGUGAAGAUAGAGAAUGCUUUAGUAAAAAGGAUGAGCUUGUGCAGUGUUCUGAGAAGCCUCAUGGAAUGAAAAUGUAUCAAGGUAAUCAAUGGGAAAUGGCCUUCAGCUUGAGUUCAGACAUCAUUAAACAUCAGAAAAGUUAUAUUGGAGAAAUGCUUUAUAUAGGAAAUGAAAAUAGGAAAGCCUUCAGCCAGAACUCAAAGCUUAUUGACCAUCAAAAAAUUCACACUGCAGGGAAAUCUUAUGAAUGUAAUCUCUGUGGACAGAUUUUCACAAAUAGAUCUUGUCUUGGAAUACAUCAGAGAAUCCACAGUGGAGAGAAACCACAUAAAUGUGAUCAAUGUGGAAAGGCGUUUACACAGAACAGCAAUCUUUUGACACAUCAGAAAAUCCACAGUGGAGAGAAACCUUACGAAUGUAAUCAAUGUGGAAAGACUUUUGUACAGAAAAACAAUCUUUUGACACAUCAGAAAAUCCACACUGGAGAGAAACUUUAUGAAUGUAUUCAAUGUGGAAAGACUUUUAGAACAAAAUCCACUCUGGCUAUUCAUCAAAGGAUCCACACUGGAGAGAAACCGUAUCUAUGUAACCAAUGUGGAAAGACUUUCAGACAGACAUCCACUCUUUACCUUCAUCAGAGAACCCACAGUGGAGAGAAAACUUAUGAUUGUAAUCAAUGUGGAAAGACUUUCACAACAAGAUCCACUCUUUAUUAUCAUCAGAGAAUCCACCCUGGAGAAAAAACUUAUGCUUGUAAUCAAUGUGGAAAGACGUUCACAAAAAAGUGCACUCUUGCUGUACAUCAGAAAAUCCACACUGGAGAGAAACCUUUUGAGUGUAAUCAGUGUGGAAAGACUUUAGCAUAUAGGGCCCAUUUUGUUAACCAUCUGAGAAUUCACACUAGAGAGAAACCUUAUAAAUGUAAUCAGUGUGGAAAGACUUUCCGACAGAAUUCUGGUCUUGCUGUACAUCAGAGGAUCCACACUGGAGAGAAACCUUAUAUAUGUAAUCAGUGUGGAAAGGCUUUCACCCAAAAUUCCAAUCUUUUCAUGCAUCAGCGUAUCCACACUGGAGUGAAACCUUAUGAAUGUAAUGUGUGUGGUAAGGUUUUCACCCAGAAUGCCAAUCUUAUAAAACAUGAGAGAACCCAUAAUGGAGAGAAACCUUACGAAUGUAAUCAGUGUGGAAAGGCUUUCAGUGUGAAAUACAGUCUUCACGAACAUCAGAGAAUUCAUACUGGAGAGAAACCUUAUAAAUGUAAUCAGUGUGGAAAGACUUUCACAAAAAGGUCCACUCUUGCUAGCCAUUUAAGAAUCCACACUAGAUAAAACUUUGUGAAUGCAGUCAAUGUGGAAAGACUUUCAGACCAACGUCCACUCCUUGUAUACAUCAGAGAAUCCACAUUGAUUGGAAAAAUUUAUGAUUAUGAUCAGUGUGGAAAGUCUUUUAUCAAAAAAGUCUACUCUUCCUAGACAUCAGAGAACCCACACUAGGAAAAAAAACUUUUUGAAUGUAAUCAAUGGAUAAGUUUCCAAAAAGAACUUCAGUCUUGUUGUAUGUCAGAGAUGUCACUUUGGAGCGAAAUCUUAGAAAUUUAAUCAGUUGGCUAAAGCCUUCAAGGAGCAAACAUCCCUUAUUUUCCCAUCAGAGGAUUCUUAAUAGAAAUAUUGCUGUAAUGAAGUAGGAAGGGCAUUCACAUGGAGUACAGAACUUGUUCAACAGCAGCUCGUUCUGGGUAAAUGGGUUAUAUGGACUCACUAUAGGAAGGCCUUUAAUUAGAGAUAUCUCUUUACAUCAACAAGAUUCCUAGUGGAGUGAAGCCUUAAGAAUUAGCUCAAGGGGGAUAUGUAUUUCUCCAAUAAAUGGAGAUUACUAGACAUCAGGAUGUCCAUGUGGGGAAAAAAAAGGCUUUUAAAAUAAAUGCCUUUUGUCAUUGUCAAGGUCUUUAUGUGAAGCUCAUAUGUUUGAGAAAUCAUGCUGGAAAUAAAACUUAAGGGGUCUACGUAAUGUGGAAUGGCCCCUUGCUGCAAUAUAGUCUUUGGUAAACAUCCCAGAUUUCAUACUGUUCAAAAAGUGCUUAUAAAUACAAUAAAUGUUUCUUUGUAA